AUGAUCGCCUCGGAAUUACCGCCACAACUGCUAUGCCAGAGAUACGUGCUGAACGAUACACAACUCUCCGAAACCUUUGACCUGCUCGAUGUCGACCGUGAUGGACAGCUAUCACGUGCGGAAAUUGCAGCCCUACUCAGGACCGUAAAAGUCGAGCCGACGCGCAUGGAGCUCGAUUUCAUCUUCGAGGAGAUGGACACCAACAAAACCGGCAAGAUCAAUAAGGACGAAUUCGUGCGUUACAUGCGCUCCCCGCCCGUCCACCGCACAACCCUACAAGAAAUGGAAAGCCAGUUCAAGGAAUUCGACCGGGACGGUGACGGCGAGAUCACCUACGAGGAAAUGCGUCGUAUUCUGCAGGAAUGCAGCGGGCUCGACGACGAGAAGGCGACACGUGAAAUGUUCCAAGCUACCGACCGGAAUGGCGAUGGCCGAAUCUCUUUCCUAGAAUUUGUCGCAAUGAUGUCCGAG